GGUGAAGCAGCCUCGCAGAUUGUGGCGGCGGAGCCGGGGCACGGGAGUGUUGCCGAUUACUGCAGGAACUACUACGGGUAUAAUGGGGCCACUCGCGGCCCAUUGGCCAAUCGCGGCCCUCUGAACGUCACUGAGGAAAAAUCCAGCCGUCGCUUGUCUGCUUCUAGACGUGUUGGGAUGAUGUGUGCGAAUUGUACCACAAAGACAACCUCGUUAUGGAGGCGGAAUGGCCACGGGGAGACAGUUUGUAACGCCUGUGGUCUGUACUAUAAGUUGCACGGGAUUGAGAGACCCAAGUCGAUGAAAAAGGAAAAUAUUCAGACACGUAAGCGUAAACAGAAAGGGAUGAAGGAUGUAAACACUAAUGGAACACCGCUGAAGAACUCUGGUAUCACCUUAAAACAGGAGUUAGAUAGCAGUAGUGACUUUCCGACCGACUUCAGGUCCAUCGUUUGCUACAACCGUUUUCACGAUACGUCAACUAACAGAACAAACUACGAUGUCUAUGAUAGCAACCAGAAUCAAAAAAUACCCCAAUAUCCGGCCGUUUCGCAACAUUCCCCUCAAAUAUCGCCCUAUUACGACAUUCUCCCUCACAACAGUCCGAGUCCUCCGUCUAAGACUUCAUCGAGUCCUAACUCGCCCAACGUAAAUAAUAAUAAUAAUCACACCAAUAAUAAUAACAACACCAAAGUUAUAAUUAAUGGCGAGCAUAGUUUAGAUAGACCAACAGUCGUGUCUCUAUCAUCGUCAUAGGAAAGUGUUUAUUUGAUUGAUUUAUUGAUUGGUUGGUUUGAAGAAGACUUGAAAUAAUUUUGUUUUUGGUUUGAUUAAGUUAGGUCCUUGUUUGUGACCGUUUUAUUUUGCAGGGACUGUCAGCAAUACUAAAAAAUUUAAUUUGACUUAACGAAUUUUGUUUGAAGAAGGAUGUUCGUGUAUUUUUAUUUCUUUUUUGUAGUAGCACCCUAUCGCUGAUUCUUCUUUUAUUUGAGAAAGAAACACUUUUAUCUUAAGAUGAAGAUAUUACAUCAGGUAAACUUAGCAUUUAAUUAUUUUUUAUAAUACUUAAUUGCAAUAGCUGAUUAAUUUAUUUAGAA